AUGUCGGACCCUAAGACGAGGUGUGCCGAGCUACACACUGAGGUAUUGCGGCUUCUGAAACAAGGCUUCACGGAUGAUGCCGUUCGACUCGCGCUCCAGGGCCCGGACAUCGCCGAAUUCGAUGGCAGCCUCCUUGUUGAAGCUUACACAAUGAACAGUGAUGAGGCGGCGUACAACCUGGCACAAGAUCGCCUCCGCGAGCUGAAGCAGUCGGGCCACUUGACAGUCUCCGAAGGCCGGAUCGUACUGGACGCCACCUUUGACGACGCCCCAGCUGCUAUCUCCCUCAACGGCUCGUUUGACUCCACCGACAAGAAAGCGCCAGUGAUUAGCGAGUCGAAAGAGAGAAAGCAGCGAGCGGUUCCCCAAGGCGAUGACUUCUUCACCCUGCUGGAGACGUCCCAACAGCGCCUGGAUGAUCAACGGGCCGAGAUGCCGAAAUUUUCGCCGGAGGACUCGUUCAUGACGCCCACCACUCCAGCCAAGCGACCGUCACUGCUGAAUCGAGUGAAAAGCGCCAUUCUCACCACACCGCUUUCGGGCUCGAAAAAUUGGCUUCGGCGUAGCCUCACCGCUUUGCCCCGCCUGGAAAAAGCCGUCAAGGCACCGCGACCGGCCCUUGAAUUCGACAGUCCAUCGCUGGAGCUGUUGCCGGACUCUGAGGACAUCGCCGGCGACUACUGCUCGACCGCGGACUUUGAUUUUGAGGAUCCGUCGGCGAGCUGUCGACGCAAGUCCGUCGGAUCUGUGGGCAGAUCGUCCUUCCACAACGCCCGCCGUAGCGGGGCCGCCGAUGGAUCGUCA